AUGGUCCUCUGCGUCCAGGGACCUUGUCCUUUGCCGGCUCCGGAGCGCGGGCAGCUGCCCCGGCGGGCCCAGCCUGAGCCAGUUAUGCAGCCGCUGCCUGCCGGGCCCUUCCUGGAGGCGGCGGCCGAGGAGGCCCCGGCCCAGCCCGAGAGCGAGCCCACGGUGCGCGACCCCGAGGAGGACCUGCUGUGCAUAGCCAAGACCUUCUCCUACCUGCGGGAGUCCGGCUGGUACUGGGGCUCCAUCACGGCCAGCGAGGCCCGGCAGCACCUGCAGAAGAUGCCGGAGGGCACGUUCCUGGUCCGGGACAGCACCCACCCCAGCUACCUGUUCACGCUGUCCGUCAAGACCACGCGCGGCCCCACCAACGUGCGCAUCGAGUACGCCGACUCCAGCUUCCGCCUGGACUCCAACUGCCUGUCCCGGCCGCGCAUCCUGGCCUUCCCGGACGUGGUGAGCCUCGUGCAGCACUACGUGGCCUCCUGCGCCGCCGACGGCCGCGCCGACGGCCCGGACCCCGCGCCCGCCCCGGCCCCGCCGGCCCCCAAGGAGGAGGCGGGGGACGCCGCGCUGCCCGGCCCCGCCGCCACGGCCGUGCACCUGAAGCUGGUGCAGCCCUUCGUGCCGCGCAGCCGCGCGCCCAGCCUGCAGCACCUGUGCCGCCUGGCCAUCCACCGCCUGGCGGCCGACGUGGACCGCCUGCCGCUGCCCCGGCGCAUGGCCGACUACCUCCGCCAGUACCCCUUCCGGCUCUGA